ACGCCGGCCAUCAGAAGAUUCACCAAUCCCCCAUAUAAAAAUUCUUCGUCUUCUUCUUCUUCUUCUUCUUCACUUCCAUAGUCGCACGGAAGAGAAGACGAUAGGAGAAAUGGCGAGAUCAAGGCUUCUGCUACCUCUCUCUCUGGCACUGUUGUGCGCUCUGCUUCUUCUCGGAUCUAUAACUCCAUCUCAGGCAAAAAAGUCCAAGGAGGAUUUGAAGGAAGUAACCCACAAAGUUUAUUUUGAUGUUGAAAUUGCAGGGAAACCAGCUGGCCGAAUUGUGAUGGGUCUCUUUGGAAAGACAGUACCUAAAACAGCAGAAAAUUUCAGAGCACUUUGCACCGGGGAGAAAGGUGUUGGAAAGAGUGGGAAGACUCUUCAUUUCAAGGGCAGUGCGUUCCACAGGAUUAUUCCCAACUUCAUGAUCCAAGGAGGUGAUUUUACCCUUGGUGAUGGAAGAGGUGGUGAAUCUAUAUAUGGGGAGAAGUUUGCUGACGAGAAUUUCAAGCUGAAGCAUACUGGACCAGGGCUUUUGUCGAUGGCAAAUGCAGGUCCAGACACCAAUGGUUCACAAUUCUUUAUUACUACCGUCACAACUAGCUGGUUGGAUGGCAGACAUGUUGUAUUUGGAAAGGUGCUGUCUGGAAUGGAUGUGGUGUACAAGAUUGAAGCUGAAGGAAAGCAGAGUGGCACACCCAAGAGUACCGUAGUGAUUGCAGACAGUGGUGAACUCCCUCUUUAAUUUGU